GAUAACUCUUGGAAAGAAGUUGGGUUCAAUAAAAGGUCACCGGUUCAUAAGAAGAGAUUUGUAGACAUUUGUGCACCGUAAGACUAAAUUUUCAGUAUUUAGCAGUAACACAGAGUGAACAAAAGAAUAGUACAAAAGAUGGACGCCCUCUCUAAUAGAAUGGCAAGGCUGUCAUCUGUAGCCGACGACAAGAAACUAAUGCUACAAGAAAUUCUACAGCCUCUCUAUCUAUCGGAAGAAACGAUCAAACGUAUUAUGGAUACAAUGGAAGACCAAAUGCGAUUGGCUACAAGUAAAGAUGAAGCAACACGGAAGAAAUCAGAUAUUUUAAUGGCAAUUACUCAUGUUAGAUGUUUAUUAGAUGGUAGAGAAAAUGGUGAUUUCUUAGGUCUAGAUUUAGGUGGAACCAAUUUCCGUGUAGUACAUGUAAAUUUAAAAGAUGGUGUAGCCACUACUAAUACUAAAUAUUACAGUUUAACGGAGGAAGUAUUAAGUGGACCAUGUGCUGGGGUUUUUGAUUUCAUCGCCCUGAGUAUUGAAGAUUUUUUAAAACAAGAAAAUCUCAUCAGUUCAGAACAAAAAUUACCUUUGGGUUUUACGUUUUCGUUCCCGUCCACACAGAUUGCAUUAAACAGCGCCAUUUUAUUAACGUGGACGAAGAGUUUUAAAUGUCCAGAUGGUGUGGGACAAGAUUCAGUGAAAUUAUUGGAAGAAGCUAUAUCCCGUAAAUCACCUAAUUUACCUGUGGAUAUUGUAGCUGUUAUGAGUGAUACCACUAGUACACUGAUGGCAGGAAAUUAUCUCGAUAAAAAAUGUCGAAUUGGGGUUAUAUUAGGAACGGGUUCAAAUGCAGCUUUUGUAGAACAUUUAGAGAAUAUAGAAAAAUACACAGGAGAUUUCAAAGAACCAAAACAGGUAUUAGUGAAUGUAGAAUGGGGAUGUAUGGGAGAUGGAGGAUGUCUGGAUUUUUAUAAAACAGAAUUCGAGAAAGAAGUUGAUCAAUAUUCAAACCAUGUUAAUUCAUUCACAUUUGAGAAAUCAUUUGCUGGGAUGUAUCUGGGAGAAUUUGUACGAUUAGUGUUAGUUAAAUUAACCAAACAGGGCGUCUUAUUCAAUGGUCAGGUGACUGAAGAACUAGCUACUAGGUGGAAAUUUACCUCUGGCUUUGUAACUGAAAUUGAUAGUGAUAAAGGGAAUGACACAGCUAAAACUAGACAGAUAUUAGAGAAAAUGAAACUAGAGAAACUAGCAACAGAUGAAGAUGUGGCUAUUGUUAGAGAAGUUUGUGAUUUUGUUGUACAAAGAGCUUCUUAUAUCGUUGCCGCAGCCUUAGCAGUAUUAAUACGACAUGUAAAUCUACCAGAAGUUACCGUGGCAAUAGAUGGUUCAUUAUACGAACAUCAUCCUAAAUUCCAUAAUUAUAUGAUGGAACUAAUAUCCCAACUGAACUUACAUACACAGGUUAAGUUAAUAUUAGCCAAAGAUGGAAGUGGACAAGGUGCUGCAUUCGCUGCUGUAGCAGGACUACGACAAAAAGAGGAAAAUAUUGUUUCAUCAUAAAGAACUAUUUGAUGAGGGGCCAGUUAUUGACUGGAUGAGGGACCAGUUAUUGAUUAGAUUGCUGUGACUACUACCAGGUUUAAUAUAAUUUCCAGUGGGUUCAUUUUACCCAGUUGCCAAAAUGGCCAAAUAUCAAAAAUGUUUUUUUUUGAUCAAGAUUAAAGAUUUUGUUAAAAAUCAGAAAUGAUGUAUAUCCUGAUUUACUGGAACGAAAAAAACAUUUGGCAAUUGGGCAAAUUAAUUUCAUUGUAUAAUUUCCAUUGGCCUUCCCCAUGUUUUGCUAGAGUUAGCUACCCUUACAAUGCACAACUAUAAGGGGGUACUCAAUUGAACGUUCCGGAAUUGAAUUCUCUCAAUCCACAAAAUAGUGGCAAUCGAGUGAAAAGGUGGAUUUUGGGGCUACAAAGCAUGCGUCAACUAAAUAAGUAAAUAUCGCAACCAACCAUGCAGCCGAAACCUAUUCAUUGUGUUUAAUUACAUCACGAUUCUACUCACAUCACCUCCGUUGUCGGGACUGACAGAACUGUGACAGAACUGAAUUCUGCUUUACUCGAUUGCAAUUCUGUCAAUUCGGGACGUUCUGGACUGUGAAUCGAGCACCCCUAUAGUAUUAUAUGACCGAAUUAAACGUCUUGAUAAUAAUAUCUUAUAGUACUUCCUGUCUGAAGUGGGACUAUAAUAUGAUAGAAAUAGCUGGACCGUCACUAAGGGUAACUAACACUAGCAGAUCGUGUGGAAGAUCAAGAUGAUUUUACUACUGAUAAUAAGUUAACAGAAGCCACUGGUUUAGAUACACAUAUGAAGAGUCCAGAGGAAGACUGAUCUAAGUCACAUUUUACUCUUUUCGCAUAAAAGCCAAAACAGACUUUUAGACUAAAAUACUUGAUGCGAACUGAACAAGUGGGUUUGAUUACAAUUUCAAAAUGAUGUUUAAUACAAAUCAUAAUUACCAGUACAACAACUGACUUCCACUUUUCAGCCAAAUUAAAGUCAAAUAAAUACGAUGGACUUGUAUUUGUCUGGGAGUCCAUUUCAGAAGGGCUUGGUUUGAUGUGACUCUGAUCGUUUUUACCCGAAAUUGAUUGUUCCACAGAAAGCUUAAUCAAUUGGCUACCAGAUUUCGCCAUUAACUGGGGUUUGCUGAAAAAGUGACUUAGAUCGUUCUUAGCCGGGGCUCUUCAUAUUGUAGCAAUACUUAUACCAGGACUCUACAACAUGUACCUGAAUUAACUAGGUAGGGAGACGUAUUAAUAUAAGCCUUUGGUGUGUUUUUGAAUCCUUACUAUUUGAGAAUAUGAAACUUAUUUGAAUAUAUAUUGUUUAAAUCAACUACAUAAAUAAACAGAUUUAUAUUCUCUAAGCAGAACAUACUUCUAUCCAAUACAAUUGUUCUUAUCAGUAGGAAACAUUUUGAACAAUCUGAUUUAAAUACAGAUCUAGAUCUAUAUUUCGUGCCUGCAUGGUGAUUCAUGUAAAACACUGGAUAGCAUGACACCAAUAUUUACUGAACAGCAAACAAAGAUGUGUCAAUAAUUAUGUGGAACGGUGUCCAUAUACCGGUUGGUAGUAAGUAAAUGUUGAUUCAUAUUAUGUGUAAAGCAUGGCUGAUAAACCACUUGGCAUGUAAAAUAAAUUGAUAUACUUUUAUAGAACAACCUUUAAUAUUAUCCCAGGGGAAUGGAUUAAUGAUUAUCGAACAAAACUAUGUCAUGACAUCACAAAAAGACUCAAGAUUAUUAAUUAGCAGGGUAGUAAACUAUGUCAUGACAUGACAAGAUGUCAUAACAUGACAUGACAAGAUGUCAUGACAUGACGACAUGACAAGAAGAGUAGUAACUUUUGUAAUGACAGCACAAGCCUAUGUUUAUUAAUAAUAAUAGUCUUAUAAUGCCUAUAAUUCACAGUAUUAACAUUCUCUAAGCAGAGUAGACACUUAUGUUAUUAAUAAUAAUAAUGUCUUAAAAGGCCUAAAAUUCACAGUAUGAACAUGCUCUAUGCAGGAUAGUAACUUGUAAGAAAUUAUGUCAUUUAUAUGAGAAUUGUUUAUAAGAGUAAAAGAGCUAGUCGGUCCAUUUACAAACUAUGGAAUUGUAACUAUUAUUAUUAUUUUAAGGUUUUGAUAAUAUGAAAUUGUACAUAUUGAUUAAUGUAGUCAUCAUUUUAAUUUUCUUCUGUAUACAGGUCUUCAUGUUUGUUAUCUAUAUACACACACAUAAAAUAUGUUUUUUUUCUAUAAUAUUGUAUCGUUUAAUUAUAUAUACAUGUAUAUAGGUUUUCAUGUAUACGGUUUGUUAUAUAUACUCUUCAAAAAAAGUAGGGGAUAUUCAGAAACAAUACAAAACUGCGGAAAUGCACUGCUGUUUUUAUUAGAGGUAACCAGUGUAUGUUAAUAACAGGCCAAUUGCCUACACAUGAACAUAAACAGUUCAUAUGGGCGACUUAUCUGACGGCCCCAUUUCACUCGCAAAGAGAUACACCGUCAAAAGUGAAAAUGGACAAUUUUAAUUUUUGUCUUAAUAAUGAGUAAUUGCUCCACCAAUCCUCAGACAUUCAGCAAUUCAACCGUCCAAUCACGAUUUGGGGCAAUCUGCAGUGUUGUCGGUUGACGUCGACGAACACGUCUCCCGAUGAUGAAAAUAAACUUUACACACUAAAGCAAAGAUAUGCUAAACAGUAAAUUUUAUACAAGAACCGAUAGGAAUGCUAACAUGGAUAGAUAAACCAGCACGCGGCAGUUUUCAUCAACCCUUCCUUGAAGUGUCAAAUUUGACAAUGAACCCAUCACAGGUGUAUGGCACUAUUGCGUGUUGCAUGUGCAGCUCAGUGGUUCUGUUGGGGCAAUAAGUUCUUCAUCUGUGAACAUACUCUCAAAACAUGUCAAGUGCCAUGACUAUUUAUCAUAUCACAACCUGCAUAGGUAUUUGCAUUUCAAUAUCCCCUACUUAUACAGGUCUUAUACGGUUUGAUAUAUACACAUACAGGUCUUCAUGUAUAUGGUUUGUUAUAUACACACAGGUCUUCAUGUAUACAGUUUGUUAUAUACACACAGGUCUUCAUGUAUACUGUGUUAUAAACACAUACAGGUCUUCAUGUAUAUGGUUUGUUAUAUAUACACAGGUCUUCAUGUAUAUGGUUUGUUAUGCACAUACAGGUCUUCAUAUAUUUGUGCUAUUAUAUAAAAAGUGUCAGGUAUAUGGUUUUGUUACUAUAACAUUGUAUGAUUUAGAUUUACAUAUGGAUGGGAAUUGUAUAUUAAUUAAACUUAUACAU